AUGGCGGAGUACAACCUGGCAGUAAUUCCCGGAGACGGUGUGGGACCCGAGGUCAUUGCCGAAGGUCGCAAGGUGCUGGAGGCGUUGGCCUCCUCAGGGGGGCCGUCCUUCCGGUUUACCGAGUUCCCAUGGGGCAGCGACUUCUACCGUGAAACCGGACGCCUGAUGCCGGAGGACGGACUGGAGCUGUUGUCGGGUUUCGACGCCAUCCUGUUCGGCGCCGUCGGAGAUCCGAACAUCCCCGACCACAUCACCCUCCACGGCCUGCUGCUUCCCAUGCGCCGUGGCUUCGACCAAGGCAUCUGCGUGCGCCCGGCCUAUCUGUAUCCCGGUGUGACCUCACCCCUGGCAGGAAAGAAGGCAGGCGACAUCGACAUGGUCAUCUUCCGCGAGAAUACAGAGGGCGAGUAUGCCCCCGUUGGAGGUCGCCUCAACGUCGGAACGCCCCACGAAAUAGUGAUUCAGAGCAACGUCUUUACCCGCCGCGGUACAGAGCGAAUCAUCCGGGCCGCCUUCGAGCACUGCGUCCGCCGCAAUAAGCGGAUGAAGGUUACCUCCGUUACCAAGUCCAACGCCCAGUCCUUCGGCAUGGUCUUCUGGGACGAAGUUUUCGACGAGGUCGCCGCCGAAUUCCCCCAGGUCGAAACCGAAUCGCUACUGGUGGAUCGGGCCUGCAUGGACUUCGUGCGCUGGCCCGAGGACUUCGACGUGGUGGUGGCCUCCAACCUGUUCGCCGACAUCCUGUCAGACAUAGCGGCCGUGGUGUCAGGCAGCAUGGGUCUGGCUCCCAGCGCCAACAUAAUCCCGACAAAGUCCACCCGUCGCUGUUUGAGCCGGUGCACGGUGCGGCCUUCGACAUCAUGGGCCAGGGCAUCGCCAACCCGUUGGCCACUGUCUCUGCGGUGGCCAUGA